ACUACUGGCCUGUGAACACUAGAUGGCGGAGUUGAGUCGUAGCCUGCAGCACGUUAAUUGCCCCCGCAGAGAGUCUACCUGGAACACGUUAAUCUGUUUCUCAGGGCGGAGAAAACCUCUCACUUUUUUUCUCAUCAAGGAGGAGCCUGCAGACAUACCGACAUGCACCAAAGUGGAGGCUGAAACCCAACUUGGACUGUGAGGAGUAAAAACCCGUAGACAGACAGUCCCUCGGCGAUGCUUAUCCGACACAGCGACAGAGAUUGAUCACCGAUCACCAGGACUUGAUCAGCCGACAGGAGAUCCCGCAGUGCAGCGGAGAAACCAGACCAGUGUGCCCCCCUCUCUCAACUCCAGGAAGAAGACGCAAACAUGUCCGAGAGGAGAGGUCAGAAGAAGUCCGUCUUUCUGUCCUCAUUAUUAGUGUGUUGUAUGUUUGCUAGUGCUGAGUAUUCCAGCUGUGGAGAGUACGAAUUCUUCAACCAGACCAGUAACAGCUGCCAGGCCUGCCCUCAGUGUCAGCCAGGACAAGAGCCGCAUAUGACCUGUGGCUACGGUGUGAAGGAUGAGGACUUUGCCUGUGUGCCGUGCCCUCAGGGGAAAUAUUCCAAAGGGAAGUAUGAGAUCUGCAGACGCCAUAAAGACUGUGACGCCCUCUACAAAGCCACAGUUCGAGUGGCAGGAACUCCGGAGAGCGACGCUGAAUGUGGACCUUGUUUACCAGGGUAUUACAUGCUGGAAAACAGACCCAAGAACCUCUAUGGGAUGGUUUGCCACUCCUGCCAGAAUGCACCACGUAACACCAAAGAAUGCAUGCCAAGCAGCGGGCCAAGAGAAAAACCUCUAAUUGACCCUGGCAGCACUACUGUGUUCCCUCAUCCACACAAAGAUUCCACCGGACAAGGUCACUUAGCAACAGCUCUCAUUAUCGCCAUGUCAACCAUUUUCAUCAUGGCCAUUGCCAUCGUCCUCAUCAUUAUGUUUUACAUCCUGAAGGCCAAACCGAGUGGCCAGGCUUGUUGUUCCGGACAAGUUGUGAAGGCUGUGGAAGCUCAGACCAACAAACAGGAAGACAAGAAAGAUGUCCCUGACAAUGUGGUGAUCUACUCUGAGAAAGAUGAGUUUGACAAACUAAAAGCUCCUCCUCAGAAGACGGUGAAAAGUGAAAAUGAUGCAUCAUCAGAGAACGAGCAGCUGUUGAGUCGUAGCAUUGACAGCGAUGAGGAGGCGGCGUCUGAGAAGCAAGGAUCAGCUGAGACCAACAACCCGAACCUGUGCCUCGUCAACGUGGGAAACAAGCCUGACCUCUGCCUGCUCUCUCUUGGCCUCUUGGACCGCGACCGAGCCUGCAACGGGACAUCCACCAUUGCAGCCAGCCAGGACGUCAACCUCCCGAGUCCCACCCACAUCGCCAGCACCAACCACAUCAGCAGUGUGAACGCAAUCAACAACAACAAUAAAACCCCAGGGAUGCUACAGAGUCGAAGGAAAAAGAUCCUGGAUCUGUACACCAGAGCGUGCAAUGUGACAGAGGGCCUGAGCCCCACUGAGCUUCCCUUUGACUGCCUGGAGAAGGCCAGUCGCAUGCUGAGCUCUUCCUACAGCAGCGAGGCGGCUGUGGUGAAGACGUGGAGGCAUCUGGCCGAGAGCUUUGGGCUGAAGCGUGACGAGAUCGGCGGCAUGAGUGACGGCCUGCAGCUUUUCGAGAGAGUGAGCACGGCUGGCUACAGCAUCCCCGACCUUCUCACUCGCCUUGUGCAGAUCGAGAGGCUGGACGCCGUGGAGUCGCUCUGCUCUGAUGUUCUGGGCACCAGUGAGAUGGGGGCAGCUGUUGGACGGCAGGGCAUCAACAGUUUUCACAGCCAGUUGGUCUGUCCAUCGCCAUGCUCAUCUCCAUCUCAGCGCUGUGCCAGUGUCUAAAUAUGUCGUAGAGCAGAGACUUGGGUGCCUUACAAUACAGAUGUAUGUAAAGAAGAUACUGCUCUGACAAGGAGGACAUCAUAUGUGCAGUAUAAACCUAACCCCCAUCACAUGAAGAAUGUACGCGGACUUCCCGGUGCACAAUCCUUUGCUAUUAGGGGCUUUCUCUUUCAAGAAGCUAGUGACCUGAAAUACUUUGUGUGGCCUUCAUUUUCUAUCUUUCUAAAGUGCUACAGAGUUUGAGAAAGACAAAAAUUUGAGAGGAGAGAUUGAGAUUACUCUUUAGUUUACCAGUUCAGAUAUUUUCUCUUCUGCAAGAAAAAAAUAAUCACAGUUACAGUCACAGUUUCCUGUUAUUAGAUUUUUGUCUUUCUCAAAUGCUAAGGAAUUUUAGCAAAAAAUAACUGCGCUGGACGCAAUACAGUAGCAGCUUCUUUCUUUUUUGAUUCAAAAUUUUGUAUUUGGUUUUUAAAAAAAUCACUUAAAAAGAUGUAAUGGUAAAGGUAGCAGUGCCAGCUAAAUGCCUUUCUUGCAGGCACACCUGUGUAAAAGUGCAUUAUAGGAGGGAGGACAGGAGAAGCCUUCUAAGUUGUCCUGUCACUGAACCCUGUAAUCGGGACCACAACCUGCAGCUGGCACAACUAAAUGUUUGCAUCCGUACAAAGAAAGUGAUCUAGUUUGACCGCGGCAUUAGUUAGCAUUCAUAACUUUGGCUACGUGGUCGUCAUACAAGAACGACAGCAGAUAUUAGCUCCCGGCGUAAAAUGCAAUCACUAUGCCCAGCUGGAAAUGCUUAAACUUCACUCAGAUCAGUUAUCAUCUGGUUCCCCACCAAAUCUCUCUGUGUCACCAACACACACACAACUGCAAUCAAUAUUACAAAGUAAAAGUAUUUUUAUUUUCUUAGAAUGACCUAGAGAUAUUAUGUUGAUAUCUGGAACUGAAUGCUUAAAAUGUCUUUUUUCCCUCAACACUGACCUGAUAUUGCAAUGUUGUUGACUUUUCACUUCAUAAGCCUGUUAAGUGUGGAAACACUGAUCACAAACAGAUAAAAGAUUACAGAAAAGUUCAGCCGAUCAUUCGCAUAAAAAAACCAAACAGAUUGAACCAUUUAGGUGGUGUGUUCAGUCUCACAUGAACGCAUCAGUACUCUGCUGCUCGUAUUCUGCCUAAACAUGCAUGUAAAUCCACUUUCCAGAACUUUAACACACAGACCAACACUCUCCCUGACUGCAACUACUUCCUCAGCACUGACCCAGUCUGUGACCCCCCCCCAAUAAUUCUUCCUCUUUAUUAUUCCCCUUUUACCCCAAUGCUGCGGUCUAGCGCUGCCGCCAGCCCUAAUUAUUUGGCGUGUGGCUCCGAGGCCCCUAAUAGGCUGAAGUGUUGCGGUUUACAGAGCCGGUGCAAAGUGUCUGUGAUUUCCAGCACCCAAUUAAGCAUUUAGGGCCACUUAACCACUGAAAGCCCAGUGGAAAAGCUGUAAAACGCGACAUUAAGAAGGGAGAUGCCACAGUGGAGGGAUGACUGACUGGCCCCGGGGUGGCUGCUCUGUGAACGGCAUAAGAAUGCAGCUGGUCGUGGUGGAAGCAGCGCUAUGGUUGUCCUAUAACGUCUGACCUUACUCAGCUUUUGUGGUUGGCUCAGUCAUGCUCAGACAGGAUUUGAGCUCCCCUCUCCCCUAUGGGACCUAUAUGGCAAAUGAGAACAAUAUGCAGUUGUAUGGGUUGUCCUCUUCCGAAAGCAGCUGAAGCCAGUUAAGUGUUGUGCAUACAGAGACUGAGGGUGGCUCAGAUAAACAUCAAGUUAAAAGUGUGUCACAUUAAUGCUCACCUCAGCUGCAUUAAUACAUGAUGUUAACAGAUACAAUGCUGUAGGUCAGCGUCCUGCAUUCUCGAGCACUUAAGCUUCAAAACUCAGCAAUAAGCUCCAAAGGCCAUCUUCAACAAACAAUGUCAAGACUCUGAUCUCAUUUCUUUGGAAUAGGACUGUUCUUUAUCCUUAAGAUCCUUAUCCUUAUCCACCCAAAUCAAACACAUCACCCUCUGUCAAGUUCUUUUUCCAAUGCUUUUUUUGUUCAUAUUUGACAUUGCAAACUCUGGGGCAGGACUCCAGUACUUUAACUUAAUUAACGUGCAUGUUUAUGAAGCAUGUAUUCAUUUUCUUUCUUUUUCUUUCUUUACUUAUCUCCUGUAAAGGCGACUAAAAAGCUCAAAUUCAAAUAUACUGCCUUUUUAAAAUGGGGUUGUCUUCAUCAAGUCCUAUUCAAUUCAAAGCAAGCUUAACUUGUUAUUUUUAGCAUGAUUUGUGCUGUUGAACUUUUGUAAAUAAUGCAAUUGGUUGAAUGAACUGAACUGAACGAAUCCUGUUUUCAGACUUCUUGUCUGACAUAUAUUAUGCAGAUACACCGAAGCCAGUCAUGAAUUACUUACCUCAGGAGCACACACAGUAUAGCAGAACAUGUAGAAACACACACAAACUCAUCACCAAACCAAAAGUAUAACUGUAUAUAUAACUUAUUGCUGUACAUAAUGUAUACAUUAAUAAAGAUGUAUGAAAAUGG